CCCCGCUUGCCCUCGGAGCCGCUAAGCGGCUGCCUUCUUCUCCGCCCACCGAGAUGGCGCUUGACCCCGCAGACCAGCAUCUCAGACAUGUCAAAACAGAUGUUUUGAUCCCUAAAAAAAUGAGAGAAAAGGCCAGAGAGAGGUGUUCCGAACAAAUUCAAGAUUUUACCAAAUGUUGCAAGGACUCUGGACUUCUUAUGGUAAUAAAAUGUCGGAAAGAAAACUCUGCAUUGAAAGAAUGCCUAACUGCUUACUAUACUGAUCCAGCCUUUUAUGAAGAAUGCAAAAUGGAAUACCUGAAGGAAAGGGAAGAAUUCAGAAGAACUGGAAUUCCUGCACAGAAAAGGCUGCAGAAGCUUCCCACAAGCAUGUAGGCUGAUAUUCAAAUGACAUUCAGGAAAUCUAAUAAUAUGCAUGGAAGUCAUUUUAUAGCAUUAAUCACCUUAAAUAAUGGACUGAAGAUAAGAAUGUGUUUAUCUUAAUUAUGGAAAUACUAAUUUUAUCUGAAAUAAAUAUUUUAUUUCAAAAAAA